AUGGAAGUCUUUCAGCAGCCAGUCCUACAUGUCGAAGCGCGUGUCAAAAACAACGCAGAUGGUAUCAUCAUUCGCACUGACCUGAUUAGGGAAGAGGUCACAAAAUGGCUAGUUGCCAAUUUUGUCGUUCUCAGCCUCGGCCAGGAAAUAUCCUCCUUUGAAGGCCUGAGCGAUUCACAUGCUCAGGUCAUAGACUCUGUGGUCGUCACCGAAUGCUCGGGGGAAGAUAUGGAAACCGGAGCAUAUAGACUCCAACACGUUGAACUUGAUGUCCAAGCGUAUCAGCUUCGCGCACCGUUAGAGCAAGAAAGCUCUCAACACACUCAGCCUUUGGAGGAAUCCAUGGACAGCAAGGAUGAAGAUCCAAAAGCAAGGGUACUUAGCCUACCAAGCAGAGAGCUGGACGGACUAUGGGAGUCAUUACAGUUUGACCAGCCGCUUAAGUCUAUGUUGCUUCGUGCCAUUACCAGGAUGGUAUCAUACUCGUCUCGAAAACUCAAUAGAUGGACGAUCAACUGGAAUAGACUAAUUCUUUUAUGGGGACCGCCAGGAACAGGAAAAACAAGCCUCUGCCGUGGCCUCACUCAGAAACUUUCAAUACGCAUCGGAAAACAUUAUCCCCAGAGUAAGCUUGUUGAAAUAAACGCUCACUCACUUGGUAGCAAGUUCUUCGGUGAAAGCGGGAAGCUGGUAAGUAAGACCUUCGAGAACAUUGAGUCCUUGCUCGAAGAGGAAGAAGAUACCUUUGUCUGUGUGAUCAUCGAUGAGAUAGAAACACUAGCAGCUCGAAGAGAGAGAGCGCUGGGUGGGAAUGAACCAUUUGACGCUGUACGUGCGGUCAAUGCACUUCUCACAGGCUUGGAUAGAUUGAAGACCCAUGACAAUGUUGUUGUAGUUUGUACGAGCAACUUGGUCACAGCUCUGGACCAAGCUUUCCUCGAUCGAGUCGAUAUCAAGCAGUUCGUGCCAUAUCUGUCCAACAGAGCUAUAUACGGAAUUUACAAGGAAUGUCUGGAAGAAUUGGGCCGAUGUGGGAUCAUCGAGGGAACCUCGUUUGAUGUCGUUCAAGUGAACCCCGAUAAUCCCCAGACUGCACUGCAAUAUGUGGAGCAGGCUACGGAGACUCUACUGCUACCCACAUUUGAUGAGAUGCUCCUCAAUUAUCAGAUGUUUCCGGAAUCUGUCCCCAAGCAGCUUAGUGACGCAGCAUUGGAGAGCAUGCGUGCGUCUUCUUCCGCCGCCGGUGCCGAAUCCGCCAGCUCCCCCUUCCACCUCACAGUCACUGCGUCCGUCGCAACCGCCGUCGCCGUCGGAUCCGCCGCCUAUCUCUAUGGGCAGGAAGCUUUUGCAUCGACCCCUGCUGAGGAAGGGUUGCACUCUACCAACUACCCUUGGGAACACGCCAAGUGGAACAAGACCUUCGACCAUGCGGCCCUCCGUCGUGGUUUCCAGGUCUACCGCGAAGUCUGCGCUUCCUGCCACUCCUUGACCCGUGUUCCCUGGCGUUCGUUCGUUGGUGUCAUGCACACCGUCGAUGAGAUGAAGGCCAUGGCCGAGGAGAACGAAUACGACACCGAGCCCAACGACCAGGGCGAGAUCGAGAAGCGUCCCGGAAAGCUGUCGGACUACAUCCCUGCUCCUUACAAGAACGAGGAGGCUGCCCGUGCUGCCAACGGUGGUGCUCUGCCCCCUGAUCUUAGCUUGAUCGUCAAGGGCCGUCACGGUGGCUGCAACUACAUCUUCAGUCUGUUGACUGGUUACCCUGAUGAGCCCCCAGCUGGUGCCACUGUCCAGGAGGGCAUGAACUUCAACCCCUACUUCCCUGGAACCGCUAUUGCCAUGGGUCGUGUCCUCUUCGAUGGUGUUGUGGAGUACGAGGACGGCACUCCUGCCACCACCUCCCAGAUGGCUAAGGACGUUGUUGAGUUCCUCAACUGGGCUGCCGAGCCUGAGAUGGACGACCGUAAGAAGAUGGGUGUCAAGGCCAUUGCCCUCCUUACUGGUCUCUUCGCCGUCAGCGUCUGGGUUAAGCGUUACAAGUGGUCUCCAAUCAAGACAAGGAAGAUUGUGUACAGCCCCCCUGUCUCCCGGCGCUGA